CCUGACUUGACCGGAAGUAAACAGAAGAACAAUCUGUACAUAAUAAAAUAAUAAAAUGGAAGAUUAUGAAGAAGAAGAGGUUGAGGAUGUUCAUAUCUGCGGCAUGUGUCGUGCCCAGUUUACCAUUGUUGAGGAGUUCAUUCAGCAUAAGAAGGCCAAGUGCCCCAUUAGACUGGCACGUAGGCUCAAACAACAGCAGGUGUACCAACUCCCAGAUGAGGCCCCUGCCAUUGAGGGACAAUUGGUACAGGAGGGGCCUCCACUGUUACCCUCUCAAGGCCUCCAAGACACAAACCUUCAGCAGGCAAACAGCUCUGUUUCUAUCACCCUAAGCCAGGAAGGGGAGACAAUUGGCUAUUUGCAACUUCCCCAGACCCAAGGGUCAGCUUUACCCCCAAACAAUGGGCCACAGGGUGCAGAGCAGUUCACAGGAGAAAUGUUUUCCCAAGGUGUAGCAAACGGUGGAAGUCAUGAGUAUGUCCUUCUGCCAAACUCCAGUGCUGACAGCCAUACAUGUACAUACAAUAUCCAGGCUGACGUGUCCAAUUUCCCCACACAGGCCUCCACCAUGGAAACAGUCUAUACCCUUGAAUCCCAACCCACGGACCAUGUGGGUGGCGACUUUGUACAGUCCUAUGCUGGUGUUGAUAACAUGAUGACUGGUAACUCCAUAGUAGGGGCCUCUCAACAUGGAGUUAUGCCCAUGGUACAGACUGGUAUAGAUGCUGCGUCCUGUUUAAACUCAACUAGUUAUUCUGUGCUGACUAGUUCCUAUAACCAGUCUGGUUCUGCAUCUCAGGUUAUUUCCCUCAAUCAGACUGGUUUUGAAGUUAAUUCAAAUGAAGAACAAGUAAGUCUGCCAAACGGAAUGGUUCAGGGAAGCAAUUUUUUGAACCCCUUGAGGGAACCAGCCCAUAUAACUGGAGUUGUAAAGAAUUUACUGAGCAAGGAACCAGUGGAUAGUGAAGGAAGAAAAGUGGAUUUUGAGAAACAAAGGAAAACAACCGUGUACAACCUUCAGGAAGCAGGGGAGGGAACUAAGUUGACAACACGGAAGCUGACACUGACAGUAGGCUCUGAAAAAGCUAAACAAAAGAAGAAAAUACGAAAAGAAGUCAGAGAAAAGAAGUUUUCCUGUGCAUAUGAAAAAUGUUCUUACAAAACAGCAUUCAUCAAGGACCUGGAGCGUCAUUUAAGAAUCCACACGGGUGAGCGACCGUUCAAGUGUGAGAAAUGUACGAAGGCAUUCACUCGUAAUGACAAGCUGAAGGUGCACAUGAAGUAUCACAAUAAGGAGAGAUCAUUCAAGUGCUCGCUGUGUAAUUAUAGUGCAGUGGAGAAGGGUACUCUUAAAAAACACAUGCAGAUACAUCUAGAUGAACGACCAUUCAGCUGUCAGGUAUGCCAGUACAAGUGCCGGAACCAGACCCAGCUGAGCAUUCACCUGCGGACACACACGGGGGAUAAGCCCUUCCACUGCGGGGAGUGUGAGGCAAGGUUCAAGGUCGGCUCCGACCUCAAGCGCCACCAGAGGGUUCAUACAGGUGAAAAACCGUUCACCUGUGUCUAUGAAGGAUGUGACUACAGAUGUGCCAUCAAGAGCAAUCUGAAGAGCCAUUACCAGACAUACCAUCCUGAGGACAAAGUUCACAUGCAGAAGUGUUCAAUGUGUGAUUUCUCAACUCCAAGCAAGAAGGAGUACCGCGAACAUAUUAAAACACACACAGUGAACGAGGGCCUCACUUGCUCCCACUGUAGCUACCAGUGCUCCAACAAGAGUGCUUUACGAAACCAUGUGAAGCUGCAUUCUGGAGAAAAAUUCUCGUGCACAUUUUGUAAAUACACAUCCAGUCAGCGUGGUAAUGUUACAACUCAUAUGAAGCGAAAGCAUUCAGCUGUUGCUAAUUCAUCAGGCGCCAAAUUGCCAUUGCACAGAAAGUCUUCCAAUAGGCCACUAAAAAAGAAAAUUGCCGAAGAGGCUGAAACUGAGACAGAAGCAAAUAGGAAAGAGAAUGUGAAAACAAAAGGAAUAAAGUCAUUUGAGUGUGACUUGUGCCCGGCAGCUUUUGUACGAGAAGACUCCUUAAGAUGCCACAUAAAACAACACAAAGACAGCCUGUCUACAGCGUAUGCAGUCUUAAAACUUCAACAGCCUGUUAUUAAUGUGUCAAAAACAAUUGAGAUGUCAGUUUCUGAAAACGGCACCAGUAAGGGUAGUAUCAUAAUGAAGGACAGUGUAAGAAGUGAAACUAUCAGCAUAGAAGAUAUGCCUACAUGUUCUUCAAGCUCCAUUGAAGUAGAUCCUAUGGUGUUUUCAAGAUCAAUUCCAAGCAGCUCAAUGAAUGGUGAAAAUAAUUCUGCCCCAGUGAUAGAAUCCCCUGCUUUGCUAGGUCAAGGCCAGAUAAGCGUGACCUUGCCAGGUCAGAGUUCACUAGUGCCCGGCCAGGUAGGCAUGACCUCACCAGUGUCAGCCUCACUAUUACAAGGUCAAGUCAGCCUUGGUAUAAACGACAUCCUUAUAGCAGCUGGAAUGUCUGGGUUAAACUCUUAUAACAGUUCACCCCCAUUGGGUAAGGAUAUUCAAAUAUCAACCGGCACCUCGGAACAGUUGCAGUUACCCCAAGGGGUCAGUACCAACAGCCCAAAGGCUUCUUCUCCAAGUUCUAAUCCAAUUACCAAUAGUGUUAUUCUUGGGAGAUCCCCACAAGAGGUACCCUCUGUUCCGAUUAUGCAAAAUAUUUCAUUGCCCUACAUUAAGUUACCAAAUGGCCAAGUUCUCAUUCUCACUAGCCCAGCCAAUAUAAGCCCACAAACCAGCUCUGCCACAGAUACCACAACAGGCGGUGAUGCAAGCAUAACAUCAACUGGGACAUCAGACAUACAGACGCAAUUACUGGUCCAGUCACCAGAAGUGAGCCAGGAACAGAUCAUUCAGUGUGCUGCUGACUCGACCACCUCCACUUCAACUGCCCAUCACCAACAAUCUCAAACUCAGUGUUUUUCACUGCAAACUCAAGAAAAUAGCUCACAACAGCAAGGUGCUAUUCCAAUUCAAAUAAUUCUUCCCAGUGAUUACAAUUCCCAGCAAACAUUGCCCCUUGUUUCCCAGCUUUUGAACAGUGUUAUUAAUAGAAACGCCGGGGAAGAAGGAAACCAACCUCAAGGUUUCCAAGCAACGAGUCCAAGUUCUGGUUCCCAGCCUGUGCAAAGUUUUGUGUUGCAGAUCCCAGCCCAGGCAGGAACCAUCAAAGAUGGCUCUGGAAACAUGACAGAGAGCCAGAGUUUUGUGUUGCAGAUACCAACCUCAAAUUACAAUCCUUAAAGAAACAAGACAAGUUUAAAAGAAAUUUGUUUGCGGAACUAUUUUGCAGAACUAUUUUUUGGCCGAAGCCUUCUUCAGGGAAGAUGACAAUGAGAUACAGACAUUAUUUUGUUUAACAUUUUUUGGCAGGAAAGUGUACUGUUUCAUACGGUGCAUACAUUAAGUAUGCAAUUCUUUGAAGUACAUUUAUAUCAUAAAGAGCAUCAUUGUACGAUGUUUUGUGGUUGAUGAGUAUUUCAGCAAUGUACCGGUAAACAAGAUAUUCACAGAUAAGACCUUCAUGAUUGGUCAAUAAAGGUUUGGUUUUAAUUUCUAUUUAUUUGGAAGUUUUGAUACUUUGAAGAUCUUUGUUAUACUAUAGAAUGCAUGUUGUUUAUUUGAUAUAUAUAUGUAUGUACAUGUACUACGUUUAAUAUUGUCAUGAAAUAUUUGGUGCAAUAUAAUCUUGAGAUUAGUCAAGUAUGAUAGGUUAUAUGUGUUUGUCUUGAAAUUAUAAAUACAUUGUACCAAUAUUGUUCAAACACUGACUAGUUAAAAUUUAAUGAAAUACUUGUCAACUAUUGUAAAUAUGAAAUACAGUCGAAACUCGUUGGCUCGAUAUCUCAUGACUCGAUAUCCUCGUUGGCUCAAACCAGAUUAAAAGGACCGAUUUUAUUUAACUCUUUGUUCAUAUAAAAUUCGAUCGGAUGGCUCGAUAUCUUGAGGGUCGAUAUUUCUCCACGCUUGAAUUCAUUUUUGCGGUCCCAAGUAAGAAUUUCACACUUUGUUAUGUUUGCUUGGGUCGGUGUCAUUUUGGCGGGUUCAGUUAAGAAUCUCACACCUUGAUUUGUUUGCUUGGCUUCAUUUAGCACCAGGUGCUAAUCGAUUAAAAUUGCUUGACUGGCAUUAUAAUUAUUAUCAAAUUUAAAUGGUUUAACAGUUUGAAGAAACAUGCCAUCACCUUAAAUUUUGUCUCUAAUUGUUAUACAUCUAUAAAUGGAUUGUGUUACCCACUGUUUAAAAUUGCUUGUUUGUUGUUUCGCAUAAAUGUAAUUUUAUCAUAAAUAAAAAAAAAUCAAAUGAUAUUUUCUAAGGAUCGAAUAAGUCAUGUUACGUAGAUAGCGUAGCCAAUAACAAACGAGGUAAACAAUAUGUUUUGUUACGAAUAAAUAUAUAACAUUCUGUAAGCAAUCCCGCUUGGCUCGAUUUUCUCGAGGCUCAAAGUAUUUUGGCCGGUCCCUAAAAUAUUGAGCCAUCGUGAUUCGACUGUAAUUUGAUGAACUACCUUGGGCCAUAGCAAUUUAAUUUUUUGUUUGUCAGAUUUUGGCCGAGAAAAAAUGGAGCAAGUGGGCUUAACUUGUUCUUCAAUCAAAUUUAAGAACCAGAACUGACAAUUUAGGAAAAUCUGGUUUUUUCGUUGUCAGUUUUGGUCAAGAAUCAAGUUAUAAUUGUUCAUGAUUAUCAUACUUAUUCACCCUUCCGACUGUCUGUUAAGGAAAUAACGCACAAAAUAUUCAUUUUACAUACCUACCUGUUGCAGUUUUCGCUAAGUUGUUACAGACGUAAUAUAAAAUAACAUGUUUUGAGUAUAUCGAAGCAUUUUAUAGGUGCGAUAAAUCCAACAAAUGAAAAAUGAAAUUGUUGUGGCUGUACUAUAUGUACGGUAAGUUUUAUGAGUAUCCUUCUAUUUUGUUAAAGAAUAAAAUUGCUAUUACUAUA